ACAAAAAUCAGAAAAAAGAACAAGAGAUGAAGAGAGGCUGCACAUUAUUAACCCCUCAAAGACCAAAAGCAAAACGGCCAACCAACCAACCAGGACAGAGCACACCAAGAAGGGAGUAGUAUAGUUACAGGGCACCAAUGAUUUGCAGGAAGAGAGAUAGGAUUUAGGCAGCUAGGCUUCUCUCCCAGAGAGAGGGAGAGAGAGAGAGAGAGAGAGAUUUGGUCUUGGAUAGGACAAGAGAGUGGAGAGGGUGGAGUGAGAGAAGAUUGGCAGCUUCAGAUUCUGAAUCUCCUACAAUUCCUAGUUCCUAUCUUCUUGGUUUUUGAGACGGCAGACCGGUACCGAUCGAGUUAGUUAUCAGUUGAAGCACAAUGAGCUCCCAGAGUGUUGGUGCUGUGGAGCAAAUCUCUACUCCCGACAGAACAGUGCAUGCCUCUACAUCCACACAACCUUCAGUUCAUAAGCUGUUUGAUGCUAAAUUAGACCACCAAGGCUUGGUGGAUGACACCUUGUCAUCCACGAGCCAAUCAUCAAACAUUAAGGCCGGUUUGAUCCGUUCGUCAAGCUUGUCAAAGAGGUUGUCGGUUAACCUUCAGAAAAGAAGCCCCAAGUCUGAUCCUGAAAGCCCGCUGUCUCACAUUUCACAUCCCAAUUUUUCAGACCCCAUGUUCUCAAAUUCGUCAACUUUCUGCACAAGCUUGUUUUCGUCAUCUUCAACAAACCCAGAGCCAUGCCGGAAAAUGGGCGCUUUACCUUUCCUGCCUCACCCUCCUAAGUGUGAGCAGCAGGUUUCAGCUGGACAGUCAUCGAGCUCAUCCCUGCUCUUAAGUGGUGAUAAUGGCAAUGUUCUAGAUGAAGCUGAACAGUCAGAUGAUCUGAAAGACUUCCUCAAUCUUUCUGGAGAUGCUUCUGAUGGCAGCUUCCAUGGAGAAAACAAUGCCUUGGCUUUUGCUGAGCAGAUGGAAUUUCAGUUAUUGUCUGAGCAGCUAGGAAUUGCCAUAACUGACAACGAGGAGAGUCCUCAUUUAGAUGAUAUAUACGGCACACCACCACAGCUGUCAUCACUUCCAGUAUCAUCUUGCUCCAACCAGAUUAUACAGAAUCUAGGAUCACCGGUUAAAUUCCAGCCUAGCUCAUCUCGGUCAUCUUCAGGGUCUGCAACAACUAACAAAACAAGAUUGAGGUGGACACUUGAGCUUCAUGAGCGCUUUGUAGAGGCUGUGAACAAGCUUGAAGGACCUGAAAAAGCAACUCCUAAGGGUGUACUGAAACUUAUGAAAGUAGGAGGCCUGACCAUCUAUCAUGUGAAGAGUCACUUACAGAAGUAUCGACUCGCAAAAUAUCUUCCAGAGACUAAAGAAGAUAAGAAGACCUCCUUGGAGGAUAAGAAAGCACAAUCCGGUAGCAGUGGCAAUGAUUCAAACAGAAAGAAGAAUUUACAAGUGGCUGAAGCUCUAAGGAUGCAAAUGGAGGUUCAGAAGCAGCUUCAUGAACAAUUAGAGGUGCAAAGGCAAUUACAGCUACGGAUAGAGGAACAUGCAAGAUACUUGCAGAAAAUAUUGGAAGAGCAACAGAAGGCCGGCAACUCCUCACUGAAAAUUCCAACCGAAACACAAGCCGGGUCACCUGAAUUGACAUCAAGGGAGAGAAGUGAAUCCGAAGCAGGCACAGCAACACCGGAGCCAUCCAAGAACAGAGGCCCGGAUGCAGACACAGGAUGCAAGUCGCCGGUAGGAAACAAUACAACAGAGGUUCAGGUUGAUCUUGAAAGUGAGGCCCCAUGUUCAUAGCCGUGCCGGGCGAGGCCAAUGCUUUCCGAAUGCUUUUUUUCCAAGAAUUCUUUGUAACUGUUUGUAACUUGCACAGCCGUAGUAUCUCUAGUUUCCUGGUGAUUCCUUGGCAUUAA